CAUCCACAUUUAUAACUCUCUUCAUGCAAGUUCGGCGGUUUCGGGUACUCUUGACCUGACCCCUUAAUUGACGUCCUUAAUUUGAUCAAGAUACGUUCGUCUAGUUCUUCCCACUCCAACCUUUCCCUCUACACUGUCCUUGUAUAUCUGCUUAGUUAACCUGCUUUCAUUCAUUCUCUCCACAUGACCAAACCAUCUUAACAUACCCUUUUCUAUUCCUGUAACUACAUCUUCUUUCACAUCACAACAUUCCCUUAUCACGCUGUUCCUUAUCCGGUCACUCAAUUUCACACCUAUCAUACUCCUUAACGCUCUCAUUUUCACUGCAUUUAUUCUGCUUUCGUGCUUCUCUUGCCAUACCCAACUUUAACUCCCAUACAUUAAUGUCGGGACCAACACGCCCCUAUGCACAGCCCGUCGAGCCUUUUUGGAUAGUUUCUGACUGCUCAUAAAGGCAUGCAAAGCUCCAUUCACCAUGUUCCCUGCGUUCACUCUCCUUUAUAUCACUAUAAUAUCACUAUCACACUUGCCAUAUGAUGUAAACUUUGAUCCUAGAUGUACAAACUCUUCCACUUGCUCAACUUUUUCUCCUCCAAUCAAAAUAUUAUGCUGUCAUUUAUUUGCCAUUUCAAAAACCAGUGUUUUAGUUUUACUUUUUUCAUUCUUUUUUCUUUCAAAGCUUCAUGUAUACAGUUUACCAUCUCCUGUAACUCUUCCGCUGAUGACGCCAGUAACCUGAUCGUCGGCAAAGAGCAAACAUUUGUCGACGAUGGUUAGCAGGAUAAUUUCUGCAGUCCAGCUGUGACCCUUUUCCUUUGUAAAGUGGCACGGUAACAGCCUUACACCAAUCUUUUAGUACUCUGCCGCUUCUCCAACUCAAAUUGAAAAGGCAGUACAACUGACUAGUUACUACGCCUUUUCCUGCUUUUAGCAUCUCGACCGACACUAUCAUACCCAGCAGCCUUACCCGCUUUCUUACCCUUAAGUGCAUGCUUUCAUACUCUUAAGUGAAUAUGAUAAUAAGAAGUAUUUUAUACCUACCUUAAAAAAAAGUUUUAAAAAUAUUAAAUAAAAGUCUUUCUAUUUUCCUACCUUACUACCUUUCUUUUUAUUGUUAUAAAUUGCACACAUUUUUGAGAGCUGCUUGCUUGUGUUAAAUGAAUUUUGGCAAAUAUUGGUUUGGAUCCUGCUGCUGCGAGUAUACAUUCGAUUCAAUGCUAACCCAUGCUAUUAUGAGAUUAUUCCUUGUGACGAAAAUAUUAUUUAAACGCUAUCUAGAUUUACGUAGAUUGAACGAUUUAGUCGCUGCAGUUUAUUAAAUAAGUAGACUCAGAUAGGCGCGGUCCAUAAUGAAAAUUCAACUGAGACAAACGCAGAAAUAAUGUAUUCAAUAAAUACAUACAUACAUAUAAUCACGUCUAUAUCCCUUACGGGGUAGACAGAGCCAACAGUCUUGAAAAGACUGAUAGGCCACGUUCAGCUGUUUGGCUUUAUGAUGUAAUUGAGAUUCAAAUAGUGACAGGUUGCUAGCCCAUCGCCUCAAAGAGGAAUCCCAAGUUUAUAAGCCUAUCCCUUAGUCGCCUUUUACGACAUCCAUGGGAACGAGAUGGAAUGGUCCUUUUCUUUUUUUAUUGGUGACGGGAACCACUUCAUUCAAUAAAUAUUUUGUCAAUAAAGGCUUGCCCGUAAAACUAAAUGGCAGAAUAAUUGUAAUUACUUUUGCUAAAAAAUAUUUUAUGUCAAUGCAAGUCAAAAUUGAUCUUGUCAAUUUACUGUCAGUACGGCUCAAUAUUAUUGUUAUUGUUUUGAUUAUACGUUACGUGUGCGAGCGACGGCCGAUGAGCAUGAAAAACGCGGAGAAUUAUAUUUAAUUUACCUAUUAUUUUAAUAUUUCACCAAGUGCGGUUUUACAAAAUGGAGAAUGUACAAUCGAAUCGUGAACUUAUAUGCGUGAAAUUUCCCGGAAUAGUAAAAAAUGAUGAGAGGGCAAUUCAAUGUUUAGGUGGAAUCAGAGAAAUUUCUCAGGUUUACUCUGAAAGUUCAAAAAGGCGUCUGGGGUUAUCAUUUCAACCAGAGAAUCCGUACAUGAAAAAAUUGUAUGGCGAUGCUUGUAAAUCAGCAGGCCUUCUUUUAAGAGUUAGAGUGAAGAAAACCAAAGUAAACAAUGAGGUGAAGAGAGAAGUGCUGUCCACAUCUGUUGUGGGUCGUGUGAAACUGAUGUACCAGUUUAACUCAAUGUGUGACUUUCAAAUGAUUCCUGUACAAAAUAGAGGAGAAUCAAGCAGAGAAUGCAUGAUAGAGAAUCUUUUGCCAUCAGGAUUGGAACCUCUUAGUUUUCUACAUGAACCAGCACUACCUUUCAUUCUCCCACCGAAUUUUACUCGUUCAGACAAACCAAUGCCUUACCUCUAUACAUUUAAGAAAUAUCCAGAGCGAAAAGCUGCAUUGGAGGCAGAUGAUCUUCACCAAAAACUUCGCGGUGAUCGUGGAUUGCCAGGCAGGCUGUUUGUGUUUAAUCUGGUGGAUGAACUGGCGACAGAGCCGCACCAAUUUUAUAUUAAACAGAAAGAGGAGCGACAGAGAGUUUAUCCCCUUUUGGAGAAAGAGUCUGCCUUGGUUGCCAAGUUUUUUCAGGACAGGCCAAUUUGUACAAACAAUCUGUUGAGAUACGAAACAAAACUGCGUAUGCAGUCGCUAAAGGUGAUAUUGCCAUGUUUAGCAAUCCAGAUGAAGGAUGGCCCUUGGAAGAUGUGUUGGGUAAGGUACGGUUACGACCCGCGGAAAGAUCCGGCCUCUCGGAUAUACCAAGUAGUGGAUUUUAGGCUGCGGACCACAACGAGUCUCCACACGUUGGUGCAGACUCGGGACAAAACAAUUCACAAGCUAAAGAAGACGGACAGAGUGCGAGGUACAAAGAGGCGUCUCAAUCUUGAUGAAUCUGCCACCGAAGAGGUCGUGCCUGAAGGCGCCGUGUAUUUCCGUCCAGGGAUGGUGCCGAGCCAGCGGCAAAUAUAUUACCAAUAUUGUGACAUCGACUUACCCGAGGUGCAAGAGCUGAUGGCUGUGAACCCUCCCCCCGGGUACCUUUGUCACCCUAAACGCGGAUGGCUGCCCCCCAAUACCGACGAGUUGGUCCGGGAUCACCUCUACAAGUAUGUCCAAGAGGCUUUGAAGUCUUCUUACAACGCGGAAUUGAAGAUAGAGCAAGCCAGCAGUGAUGAUGAGAAUUAUGAAGAUGAUGCCAGUACGUCGGCAGCAGCCGAGGCCGAGGAAGCGGAAAAUAGUGAAAAAAACAACAUUGUACCUAAUAUUUCUAAUAAGAAGAAAUGAUAAUCGUUUAAGAAGAUACAUAUAUGCGUAUCUGUUGUUGUUAUUUUUACAAUAAAUUUU